AUGCAACUGGCAAGUCCCCGAAGCCCACAUUCUCUUGGUCAUGAUCGGGACCCGAAGCGCCGCACAAGGAAGCCAGUUAGCUGCGAACCAUGCAGACACUCGAAACUGAAAUGCGAUCGCCAACUGCCCUGCGCCACCUGUCUUCGAAGAGGCUGGCAAGAGUCAUGUUCCUACGACGCGACCCCCAAGGCCACUCGCCGCUUUCCUCCUCGGAAGAAGACUCAGCCCAGACACUCCCGGAGCGAGCCUGAAUCGGAGAUUCCGGUAGCCAGCUCACCGGAGCCAGCCUCACCGCAAAACCUGGCUACACUGCCCCUAACAACUGGAUGGGAUGCCAUAUUGUGUCGGCCGCCUGUGGUAACAGCCCCUGCACCAACAGACGCCCCCGUCACGCUACCUUUUGGACCGAGUAUACCAAAAACAGAGCUGCUUGGGAUGCUACCCCCAAGUUCUAUCUGCGACUACUUGAUAUCACUGUAUUUCAUCCAGCUCUCUCCACUCUUCCAUGUCCUCCACGGGCCGACCUUCCAAGGCCAGUACUCAGCUUUUCUACGAGACCCUCAACAGGUGGAUCUGGCUUGGCUAGCCUUGGUUUUUGCCAUCUGCUCACUCACAGUGAGAACGGUUGACCCUGUCGACCCUGCCCUAGAAGAGAUAUGGGAAUCUGCGUCGUCGCCUCGAGAUCUGCCUUUCCUAUCCCAGCAAUAUCGAAAUGCCGCCAUGAUGUGCCUCUCGCAGGAUCAAUUCCUAGUCCGCCACAAUCUCAGCACCCUGGAAGCAUUGCUGGUUUUAAUACAUACAAUAUCACAUGGUGAUGGAGCUGAGCAUGGCUGGGCACUUCUUGGAAGCGCCCUCAACAUUGGAAUUGCCCUUCGUUGCUAUGUCGAUCCCGGCAGAACCAACCUUAUCGAACGAGAGAGACGUCGGCGAUGCUGGGCGGGCAUUUUGAUUCUGCAUACUGUUCAGGCGCUCGUUUUCCGGGACAUCGACUUGUCUUUCCUUAACAACAUCAAAGCUCAAAUGCCAGCUGAGGUCAACGAUGAGGAUAUACAAGAGGAUGCCAUCAUAAUGCCACAGAACCGGCUGCCGUCAGCUCAGCUUACCCAGACGUCUCUUCUAAACUUCCAAAUUCGUCUAUUCCAGCUUGCCACUCGUGUAUGCAGUCAUAUUUCUGGUCCGGAUCGACUUAGUGAGAAGCUAUUGAGCGAUCUCGAUUCUGCUGUGUCAGAAGAGAGUCAGCAAUGGGACUCUGUAUAUCUGGUGAACGGGUCUCCGAGUAUUCUCGACACAGCAAGGUACGCACACUGGAGUGUUCUCCAGACUUGGGCCCACCAACUAUAUCUGCUACUUCAUCGACCGUUUCAUCAUUCUCGAACAACUCAGUUCGUCCCUACUUCAAGAGAUAGGUGUAUCAAAUCGAGCGUGGCCUUGCUGGACAUUCACCGUCAGUUCUACGAGCUUCCUCGGCUGAAACCCUAUCGCUGGCUCGUCAAUGGAACAAUGACCUGCAAUGCUCUUCAUGGAGCAGUUGCCCUGACCUCAUGCUUACUUGAUAUGCCAAACGAUUCCGACUUCUCCAAAUACCUAUGCGUCAUCGAUGCCGCUGUACGUCGACUUGAAGCCUUGCAAGAGAAAAGCCCGGCCUGUUCUAAUGUAUAUCCUCUCAUGCGCCAUUUACAAUCUCGUCUCUGUCGGCAACCCCAAACGCCAUCUCUCACAAAGGAUAUCGAUGAAACCAGAUUUCAAGACUGGGUCAGUAAUAUUGACUGGUUCAGACCGGAUGAAAUAGAUUGGGACUUCUGGGACGGAGAUUUUACGACACCGCAUACCGACGAUCACGAAACGACAACAAUUUACAACAGUUGA